AUAACGAUACUAAGUUUAUACAUUUUUUAGAAAACUUUCUUUUCCACGAAAAAAAAUCUUGAUAUAUAUUUAACCUAUUCACUUUGGUUUUUAUAUCCCGUAAAAUGAAUAACGAAGUACCUACGAGAAUCUCUCAUUAAGAAAUACCGUCUCUUAUUAUCGUUACCAUCAUUAUUAUUAUAAACGAUUAUUUUUUCAUCAAAACAAGAAGUUAGAUAGCAGAAGAUAUUUAGUUUCUUAAAAAUUCCAUUUCGAGGAAGCUUCCAAGGUUUUAAGUCGGGGAAAGCUUUUCUUCUCCUCUCUCUCUCUCUCUCCCUCCCGGUCUCGCUCGUAUUCCCCUCUCUUUCCGUCGCUCAACCCGAGGUCGACGAUAACCGGGACGCCAUCGUCGCGAGCUUUUCUCUUCUCGCGGAUGUCAUUAGCGUUUAGAACGAGAGUAAGCACGAUAAAUCCUCAUCGUCCCCUCUCGUCCUAGUUUCAAUUAGUCCAACUAAUUGCCAACGACCAGAGGUUUCGCGUUACAAAAGCCGACCUGACGAGUGGCCAAGAAUUCAAAGAUGUCGACGAGCAUCGUUUUUCUGCUCGAACGUCUCUCCUUAUCGUUCAUCUCUCUUUUUCUCUCGCACGAACGCACACUAUUUCUCGCUCUUUUAGUAACAACACUUCGAGCGAUUCGAACACAAGGAUCGGACCGUUUUCUCGAGUUCUUUGUCUAUUUCUAGAAAACUUCAACGUUAUACGAGUAAAUGCAACAACAAUGGACGAACAACGCAACGAUAAAAGGGAGAGAGCGAGAGAGAACGAUGCUCGUAGAAUUAAUGUAAAAUGGUCUAAUUGUCGUCAAUUUCGUAGCAUCCAUGUAAGUUAAUAUAAACACCGACGUCUAUCGCUUUCAUAGUCGCAGUAUAUACUCGAUAUUACGUUCGAGACGUCGUCGAUCCCGCACUUUUCUUGUCGUCGCAGUGAUAUAUUUUCGUCCAACAUAUAUUUCGUUCCAUUUAGAUUAAAUCGAUCAUAGUGAGAAUAAUUCAUUUUAAAGAUAUCUUUGACGAAUACGCCGGUCAACGUUCGAACUUUCUAGUUUUAUAUCGCUCAAGUUUUAUAUCGGAUAAAUUGCAUUUUCAAGUCGAUCGUCGAAUCGGACGAAUCUUUUUUCCUUCUUCUUUUUUUUUGUUUUUAAUCGAGCAAAAAUAAUAAAGACGAGAGAUCGAUAGUUUCGCUCGAAAGGGAAAAAAUAUACUCUGUAGGACUUUGAAGAACGUAAGCAAAACCAGUCGAAAGUAACGAUCAACGAUAUUUUUAAUGCACGAAUGUAUUCGGUACCGAUCGAUGGUCCGACGAUCGCGUGACAUGGAAUAUUUUUUUUCAUUUCCGGCAAAAUAGUCUCUUAGUUUUAUUUCUCGUAAUCGAUGAUCCUGACAACAGCAAUUUAUUUAUCAUCGCAUGGCAUGCACCGAUCGCUUUCACGGCGAUCACGUUGUUUCAAAAACAUUUCAGAUAUUUCGCACGUAUUAUUUGUUCGUUAUAUUUAUGAUUUAAUCGUUAUACGAAAGAAAUUGACACGCACAUCGACGUAUCAAUUACGAUUUUCAAAAAUCCUUAAAAUUGUGAUUUAACCCGAAUGUCAAAAUAUACAUUUACACGAGAAAAAAUCGUCAUAUUUAUAUGCCUGUAUAUAUUAUAUAUAUAUAUACAUUUAUCUUAUCUAGAAAAAAAACACUAGAUUACUUUAUUCGAGCAUUAAAGCAUCGACAAUAAGGGAAUAGCGUAUAUCCGUUAGGGUGAUGGAACAACUAGACGAGGUCAGUUAGGAUCGAAAGAUCGAACGCGAUGCAAGCCGUAUAAAAGAGGGAUAGAGAGAGAGAGAGAUAGAGAGGCAGAGAAAAACGUACAGUCGCUAUAAAAUUCCUUCAAAAUUUUCGUCAAUACAGAAUAACAAUCGAUAUAAAUAUUGGAAAAUAAAAUUGACAUACGUUCGUCGCUCGAAUCGUUUCGUCCGAUAAAUACUUCCAUUUGUUUCUUUUUAUCUUUUCAACGCAAUUAAUUGAUUCGACGGACUAUUAUAACGGGUUAAAGUGCAAUAAGUUCGAACGUUGUCUGGUAAUGCGAACGCGAGCAACCAUCUAACUUACAAUUAGUAUAACCGCAUAGCGAAUAGAGAGAGAGAGCGAGCUUGAAUUCAAAGCCAACAAAGUCGGAUCGGACGAUGCAAUAGCCGAACGAAUUCGUGCGAUUUCACCAAGGUAUCCGGUGUAUAUAGUACUGUUAGUGCUCACGUAUUUGUGCCAAACAACGGUAAAGAGGAUAAAGAGGAUUGCCGAGUACGAUCGAAUAAAGAGGAGAAAAGCAACCGCAUCGCAAUGGGAAAGAUCUCUCGCCGACUUAAUUCGAAUUCGUUCGCAAACGUAGUAAUAAAUUACAUCGAGUGUGUUUGCGAAUCCUUCAAAGAGAAAGGAGAGAACGAAGGGAGAAGAAAGAAAUAAAAAAAAAGGGAAAAUCAGGAAAACAAAAAAAGCAUUAUUAACGAGUAUCGAUAACUUGUUACGUUCGAAAAAUCUAUAGGAAAUGGAAAAUACAUAUGUAUUUACUCGCGUGCAUUACAAGUUCUUUGUAAUCUCGUUUGGAAAAUAACAGAAAUUCCACUGCUCGGUGGUAACUUUUAGCGAGGAUGCAACGACAAUUGAGAUAGAAAUAAAGAGAGAGAGAGUGAGAAAGAGAGAAACGCGUGGGACAUUUUCAAAACGAUAACAAAAGGACGCUCGUCCAAAUGAAAAAGAAAAGAGAAAGAAAGAUAUAUAUAUAUAUAUAAAUGAAAAGAGAGAGAGAGACGGAAAAUCGUCAGUGGUUGCUGAAAAGCACAGAGAGCGCGAUGUUUUUGAAAGUUAUUUUCUACUGGGAGUGGAACGAGAGCGGGUUACGAGGGUGGAUGAUGGAGCCGGCAGAAGAGGGUAGAAGCACAUUCUACGAAGUGGAUUAUGAGUAACAAGGUAUGCUGUCGGUAUGCGGUGUAAAGCAGCAGGUGGUUCUGCUAUUCUUGAUCGAAAUCAUCUUGAUCGUACUAAUCGGGACGCUGACGACUUACGGACCUGAGGCUAACGCUAAUCUUCUGAAAAAUCACGCGGAAGACGAUGGGAACAACGAAAAUGACAAAAAGCCGCAGAGCGAUCCAUUACGUAUUUAUCCGAUGUAUCAAGACGUCCACGUGAUGAUCUGGAUCGGCUUUGGAUUCCUGAUGACUUUCCUUAAAAGAUACGGUCAAAGCGCUAUCGGAUUGACGUUCCUGAUCGCUGCUGUCCUCGUCCAAGUUGCUUUGAUCUGCGAAGCCGUCCUACAUUUCCAGAGAAACAACAAGGCUUACCUAUCUUCGGCCAGUCUGCUCAGUGCCGACGUUGCAGUGGCAGCUCCAUUGAUAUCCAUGGGUGCUCUUCUCGGUAAAACGACUUAUAUGCAACUCGUAUUUAUGGGUAUCAUCGAACUGAUCGUCUACACCAUCAAUAAGUACAUCGGUGAGCGUCAUCUUAUGGCCGUCGAUGCCGGUGACAGCAUGUACGUUCAUGCAUUUGGUGCUUAUUUCGGAUUGGCCGUCAGUUUCAUAUUUGGAAUGAAGGAGAAACCGAAGGAACAUCGUCUCGAGGGAUCGUCCUAUCAAUCGGACAUAUUCGCAAUGAUAGGUACGGUCUUUCUCUGGCUGUUUUGGCCAUCGUUCAACGGCGCGGCACUCGAAGGGGAUGACCAACAGAGAGCCAUAAUAAACACUCUCCUUUCGAUCUCGGGAAGCUGCGUGAUCGCCUUCGCCACGUCCGCUCUAAUUUCAAAGGACAACAAAUUCAACAUGGUCCACGUACAAAACUCUACGCUUGCUGGUGGCGUUGCCAUCGGUACAGCCGCAGGUAUGAUGUGCGAACCGAUAGGAGCACUGAUCGUUGGUUCUUUGGCUGGUUUGCUCAGUGUCCUUGGAUACACAUAUCUCACGCCAUUUAUACAGAAACGACUACGUAUACACGAUACUUGCGGGGUUCACAAUUUGCACGGAAUGCCAGGAGUGCUCGCAGGAAUUUUCGGUGCUAUCAUGGCCGCACUGGCCACGCAAAAUUCUUACGAUUAUUCCCUUUACGAGAUUUUCCCAGCCCGAGCACCCAGCUUCGAAAAGUUAAGCCCCGAGAUGCGAAACGAUUAUGGCAUUUUACCUGGUCGUAAUAGAACGGCGAUAGAACAAGCGAGUUAUCAAAUACUUGCGUUGGCCGUUACUUUGCUAAUGGCCACAGUCUCUGGCUUAAUAACGGGAUUGGUUAUGCGUACGUCCGUCUGUGGAUCCAUCGCCGAGGAAGAAAAAUUCGACGAUGCCGUUCAUUGGGAAUUGGAGGAAGAAGAAGAAGAAGACGAUUCGCAUAAAGUUUCAAAGAUUAAAGAAAGAAAUAAUCGAGUAAGCGAUCAAUUACCGAUGGGUAACAUUUGAGAGCAAAAUUUUCUUCGAAUAAAAUCAUUUCUUAGAA